GAACAGAAUCCAUUCCAGAAGUCCGUUCGAAUUAAAAAAUGUUCGGAAACCAAAGUGCAGCUUCGGAUUGGCUGCAGGAAGCUCCUGCAACCAAUCAGAAGCUGCAGAAGCCCCGUCGGAUAUUUGGGUUCCAAAGAACGUUCACAAACCAGAACACUCACUUCUGGCUUUGCGGUGUUCGGGAGCCAAGACGUCUGAGUACGAAGGCGUUCGGGAUCCAAGGUACUUGAAAAAGGAAGUUUACUGAGCUGCUGGUAGGCUGCUUAUACAGUAGAACAGCUCAGGAGUUAUGAGUGCAGCCUUGGAAGAGUCUCCCCUUUUACACGGUUUCCCCUGCCACUUGAGAAUGCGAUAACACAGCAGGCUGGUUAGGUCAUUCAAAAUUUGGCAGCAUAAAUUUUCCUGUAGGUUGUAUGGGGUGACUUGUUCCCCUGCAGAAAAUUAUUUUAUUUACUCCUUUGGAGUAUUUGGUACCAACCCAAAAGGGUUAUCAGAGUGGCUUUCAUAUGAUUAAAACAAGACAGUCCCCACCUGCAAGAUUACAAUCUAGAGAAACAUGAUACACAAGGAAAAAGGGAAAGCGAGGGGAGGGGGGGGAUCAAAAUUAAGGCACUGAUUUUUAAACCGUUCUUCCUGUAUUUAAUUAAUUUUUAUUCAUUUAAUUUGUAUCCGGCCCUAUACCUGCAGGUCUCACGGACCAGCCUGCACAAUUCAGGGGCAAGAGGUGCUUGAUGGAGCCUUCAAGGAACUGUUUGUGGUUGUGUUUAUGUUUAAUAGCAGCACGGUAUUAUCAUUAUCUGAAGGGGAACUUGUGACUACUUUUCCUCACCCUGACGAUCUAAAUAAGGAUAAGGAACUUUUAGAGUUUACGCUCAACGAGCUUAUAGCUUAGUGGUUACUUUUGAAAAGCACAACACUCUAGGGCUCAUCCGCACCUCUGCUUGUUCUACCAUUUCCCCAGGGGAAACCUGUGGAUUACAGCUGAAUUGGACCAAACAGCAAUUGAGUUCUCCAUGGAUGGCUUUUUCUUGCAAUUCGGUGGUAAAGAAUGUGUUUUCCAGGGGAAAGCUGCAAGGCAUGUGCAAAAUCACUUGGACCCACAUCUAGAAGCAAGGGACAAGCAGGAAAGCACAGGACAGCUGGAGCUGUGCAGCAGCCCUUUGUUUCAAACAAACACUUUGCAGAGAUAUUUAGGGUUAUUCUUAACUUGUCACUGGAUGGUUAAAUUGUUUCUAGCAUGACUAUUGACUUGUACUACCCAAAUAAACACUCCCAUACCCUUCUAGAAUCCUAACCCUUCUGUCAGGGAAUCAAAAUUGGUGUGUCCUGCCUAGGCUAACCCCACUCAAAUUGUUCAGUCUUGUCUACCCACAGACAAUCCCUAAUUCUAACUGAGACCCAGUUUCAGAACAAACCUAUGGCACAUCUAUGGAACAAGGAGAAAAGGUAUUGGACCUGGGAGGAUUAGCCAUAGACCCCUUCUGUCCAACUAGGCCAAAAGUCCCUAUCUGACUAUUAAACUGCCGGCAUCAAACUGUCACUCUCACUCACCUGACUAAUGGUCUCACCAACUCUUACUAGUAGCUGGGUCACCAGGAAGCAGACCCAUGACCUGUCCUUCACAGAGGGCUUCCUUAUUUAACAGGCCAUGCUUUUAUUAUGAUGGGGUAUGUGAAUGAAUAUAUAGGAUGUGUAGAUUGAAAGGGCUCAGGGAGUAUCCAGGAGACAGGUUAAUACAGGGGUAGGAGAAACAAGCUCAUCGUGCACAGAGGCGUAUUGUAUACAGUGGUGCCUCGCAAGACGAAAUUAAUCCGUUCCGCGAGUGUCUUCGUCUAGCGGUUUUUUCGUCUUGCGAAGCAACCCUAUUAGCGCUUAGCGGAUUAGCGCUAUUAGCGGUUUAGCGGCUAUUAAAGGCUUAUCGGCUUAGCGGAUUAGCUGCUAAAAGGCUAUUAAAGGCUUAGCGGCUUAGAAAAAGGGGGGGGAGCGAAAAAAAAUCUCAAGACUCGCAAGACAUUUUCAUCUUGCGAAGCAAGCCCAUAGGGAAAUUCGUCCUGCGAAGCAACUCAAAAACGGAAAACCCUUUCGUCUAGCGGGUUUUCCGUCUUGCGAGGCAUUCGUCUUGCGGGGCACCACUGUACCUUCAAAAAUAUCUGUCAGUGAGGGUCUGGGCUACCCUCUGCCCCCCUGCCCUGCUUCACCACAGCCACUUUUAGACAUCCUGUUGAUUGAACAUUCAUCCAGAUUUGUUUGCGCAGAGAUCAGACAAUGUUGUCUAUUCAAUUAGCAUUUACCCUGAUAGGUUUGCUGGGAUGUUGGCUGAUGGUUUACUAAGGAUGCUGAGAAGUGGCUACAGUUCUCAGCAUCCACCACUCCAGUUCCCAGAAUUCUCUGAGGGAAGCUCUGAGAAUUCAAGUGGUAUCAUAGGGCUUUAAAUGCAUGGUGUGAAUGUGACUGGCCUUGUUGCUUUUCGUAGAAAGGUGCUACAAAGGUUUGUUCAUAUUUGGUUUUGAGGCAGAAGAAUCCCACCCUGUCCUGAGGGAAUAAUGCUCUGCAGCCACUUAUUCACUUCAUCUACUCCAAUCCACUCUGGCAAAAGAGGAAAAUUGGAUACUUACUGUUAAUUUCAGUUUGAAGAGUGGACUGGAGAACAUUAACCCACCUCAUUUUUUUCCUCUGCUUUCUCUUAGACUUAGAGUGGCUUAAUAUGUUUUUGUUCUCUUGGUUUGAAUAAAAAUGUAACUACUGUUAUGUAAUUUCCAAAUGCUAGCUUUGUCUGUUCAUAGAAUCAUUUAAUUGUAGAGCUGGAAGGGAUCCCGUGGGGUCAUCUAGUCCAACCCCCUGCAAUGCAGGAAUCUCAGCUAAAGCUUCCAUGACAGGUGGCCCUCCAACCUCUGCUUAAAAACCUCCAAGAAGGAGAGUCCACCACCUCUUGUGGGAGUCUGUUUCAUGGCCAACAGCUUUAACAUUCAGAAAGUUCUUCCUGAUGUUUUGUCAGAAUCUCCUUCCUUGUUUCUUGACUCCAUGUGUCCUCCUUUUGAGCCCUUAAGUACUUUAAGUUUUUAACUUUGAAAACUGUUUUCUUAGUAGCCAUGACUUCUGCUCAUAGGUAUUCAGAGUCGAGGGCCUUGUCCUCUGAUCUUCAACUCAUUGUUUUCCCACCAGGAUAAAGUUGUGUUCUUCCCAACCCCUUCUUUUUCAUGCCCAAAAUUAAUUCAGUUUUUCAUAGAGCCCAAGACCAGGUGCUUUCUUUCUUUCUUUCUUUCUUUCUUUCUUUCUUUCUUUCUUUCUUUCUUUCUUUGUUUCUUUCUUAGUCCCUUAUGCAGUCGAGGAUGUAGAUGGUAUUCCCUAGAUGUAAGACAUGCCCUACUCUUUUUUUCUUUUUUUUUAAGCAGAGCACUAGAGUUCUGCAAGGUAGGGUCCCUGUAUGUCUUACUUAGGUCCAUUUAAGGAGAAAAGGGUGUCUUCAUCCUCUGUUUUCUAGAUGGCUUGAAUUCUGUAUCACUCAGGCAUAUGGGACACUGGGGAAGGAUGCUUCUAGGGGAUCUACCACUCAUUCUUUAAGGGGAGUGGCAAUAACAACUGCUUUUAAGAGCAUUUAUUCUGGGUACUUUGAAGGAAAAGACUUUUGUAUCUGAUUGAGUGGGAACUGACUUGGGGGGUGGUUGGAAUAGAAACACCAGUUUGGGUAGGAUCAUAAUUUUUACUGUUGCUAAUCUGUCAGGGAGGGUAAAAUGAGUUUUGCUCCAUUUUUUUUUUCUAAUUUUGAAGAAUUGUCCGCCAUACAAGCAGGACGGUGUUUUGAAUAAAGGCUUAUUGUUAUAAUUAAUCUAAGCUUUGUGUGACAGAAUCGAAUGUCUAUAAGUUAUGUGAAAUUUUUUUUUGAAUUUUUUUAAUUUAUUUUUUUGGAGAUUGGUGGUAAAAUAGUGUUGACUAGCAUGGACAUAAAGAUUUUAUAAUCCUGAUUAAUCAGAUAGAUUGGCCAGAAAGAUUCUACCUUCUGUUGGUGUUUAAAUAGUUUUGGAAUAGGUACAGUUGUGGAGUUGUACCAUGUUUUGGAGAGGAGGGGCUCCUCUCGCUAAGUCAAUAAAUAGGUGGACAAUAUAUGUUAAUAACAUUUCUUCAAAAUUGUUUAUAAAACUCAGAAGUGAGCAGAGAUUUAUGUGGUUUCAAUGUUUUAAGAACAUUGUCAAUUUCUUCUAGGGAGAUGGGGCUAUCUUAAAAGGUUUUCUCAUCAUGAGUUGUUGAUGGUAUGGCUAAAUUGAGGGUAUCUUUUUUUAUUUGGAGAUUGCGAAGCAAAUUCUGAGCAGAUGUCUUAAGGAGAGACAUCUUCUCAGAAUGUGAUUUGUGCCAUUGCUUUUUACAUCUGUUUGCCAAAAGUAUAGAGUUUUGACCUCUAAAAGCGUUUUCAUGUAUAAGAGGUUGACUAGUGUUAUUAAUUUCUAAAGAGUCUAUUUCUCGCCUCCUAUUAGUUCUCCCAGCUUUCUAUCUUGUGGCAGGAAGAAUUGAGUGAUGUCUUUUAUUUUCAGCUUUCCUGCAUCCUUUUGCAUUCCACUCUACUUUCUUCAAGGUUUGGGCUUUUUUAGACAGUGGGGGCUUUUGCUCCAAGCUGUUUUUCUGGGCCUUCAAACAGAACUUAGAGUUUAAGCCAGGGACAAAACUAGGCUUUCUUUCACCAGAGUCAAAGACUCAGUCUGUCACACACACAUUUGCAUACACGCACCCCCCCCAACACAUUUGUUUUUAAAGGGCGUAAAAAAGUAGGCAACCUUAAGUAUAUUUUCUCAGAGAGUAGUUGAUCAUUUGAGGAAUCCUAAGAAGUAUUAUGACUGUAUGACCAAAGGGCAAAUGAGCAUCCUUUCCAGUAAAAGUAAAUUGUUUGUCAAAAGUAGAGCUUCCAUGUGCAGCAAUCGUCUAUCUGAAUAAGUCUUAUUGAACUCAGUGGGACUUACCGUACUUCUGAUUAAAAAAUGCUUAUGGUUGCAGUAUAAGACUGCACAAUCUUUACACAGUUGCCUCCAUUGAAUUCAGUGGGACUUACUUUGAGUAGACAUGUACAGUGGUACCUUGGUUCUCAAAUUUAAUCCGUUCUGGAAGUCCGUUCCAAAACCAAAGUGUUCCAAAACCAAGGCGCACUUUCCCAUAGAAAGUAAUACAAAAUGGAUUAAUCCAUUCCUGACUUUUAAAAACAACCCCUAAAACAGCAAUUUAACAUGAAUUUUACUAUCUAACGAGACCAUUGAUCCAUAAAAUGAAAGCAAUAAUCAAUGUACAGUGGUACUUCCGGUUACAAACUUAAUUUGUUCCGGAGGUCUGUUCUUAACCCGAAACCGUUCAUAACCUGAGUCGCGCUUUCGCUAAUGGCGCCUCCCGCUGCUGCCAUGCUGCCGGCGCGCAACUUCUGCUCACAUCCCGCGGCAAAGUUCGCAAACAGGAGCAUCUUCCGGAUUAGCAGAGUUCGUUACCCGAAGUGUUCAUAAGGAGGACGGUACGUAACCCGAGGUUCCACUGUACUGUACUAUAAAAUAAAUAAGACAGUAUUGUAGAUGAUAAAAAAAUUAAAUUUUUUUUUUCUUAGCUGCACUGAUGAUAGUCACUGUUUGAAUGGGGGCUUUUAUCCAUUUCCGCAGUCACACAAUCAAUCAAUCAAUCAAUCAAUCAGUAGCUAAACUGGGUUCUACACAGUCACAAAAACAAAUUAAACAAAAAGGCCUCAAAAAACAAAAAUGCAAAAUAAAUAGCAAAAACAAAAGCACCAAACCUAAUCUGUUCAAGAAGCCCAUUUGACUUCCGAAAUGUUCAAAAACCAAGGCACAGCUUCUGAUUGGUGCAGGUGCCCUGGAAACAAAGCCGACAGCCACAUCGGAUGUUUGGCUUCCAAAAAUUGUUUGAAAACCGGAACACUUACUUCCAGGUUUUCGGUGUUUGAGAAUCAAGGCGUUUGAGAACCAAGAUACCACUGUAAAGGGUUGCAGUUUAAGAAUCUAAGGAAUAAAAUAAAAGAAUAAAGAAUAGAAGCAUCACAUUUCUUUCAUUGCAAGUAUUUUAUCUGCAGUAUAAACAAAUCUCAGUUUUUAUAGCUGAUUGUAUGCCCUCUUUAUGUAUUCACAUGGUGUAAACAUGUAUGUUGUCCUCUAGAUCCUAACACACAGAGAGAAAUUAGAACAGCUGUAUUAGAAGCAAGCAAUACUCCAAAGUGCUUGUGGACUUGCCAUUUAAUCAUAACAAAAGAUCCUGUUUCAAAAAAAGGACAGAAGGUGGUGGAGGCUUCACCCGGGGCAAAAAACAACAACAGCUAGCCCCCCCCCCCACCUCCACCAGCUACAGCUCUGUUUAAGCAGCCAUCUUCUUCCUUCAGGCCCCCACCCCUCAUCUAUAAUAAUAUAUACUAUAUAUACCACCCUGGAAACUAAUAUAGUCUUAUGAUAAUUAGCUCAUUCAGCUUUCCAGGCUGUAUCAAAAACCUAAGGAAAAAAAGCCACAGUUAGUGGUACAAAGUAAGGAAAAAAUUUCCUUACAGGGGAAAAGGGGACCUGCCAAGAUGAUUGGGGCAAAGCAGAACUGGAGGGUGGGAUGGCUCCUGCCCCCAGAUGCGGAGACAGAAGACUUGAAAGGCUCUGCCUAGCCAUUUCAGCAGGAUGAGUCAUCCUAUUCACUGAAUGUCCUUCAGUCGAUUCUGGCAAAAUUGAAUUAUUGGAAGAGUUACUAUUUUUGUUGCCGCUGUCCUAUCUAACAUAGUCGAAAUUCAUGCCAUCUCUUGAAAUAAUGAGUAAUGGACUUUUAACACCUGAGUGUAAUUACCUAAAAAAAAUAGCUUAUUAAGUUUUCCGGUGCUGUUUUUCUAGAAAAAAAGAGGUGCCGGAACUCAGCACAAACCCUUUUUCUCUUAAAAUUUCAGUGGUGCCAACCUGAAAGCGGCCAGAACUGCGUUCCGGCUGAAAAAAGACUGGAAGGGAAUAGUAUGAUCAUGCCACUGAUCUCCCUUUCGCACAGACAUCAUGCCUUACCUAUAAAAGAAAGGAAGAGAAAGCUAUAACAACAUUUCACUUUAUGAACAUUAUAAUAUAACUUGCAUGUCUGUAAAAUCAAAAGAAAUAUGACACAUAUGGAGUUUCAGUAUUUAAUCUAUUAGUGUGCUGCAGGUGUCUGGUUGUGAGUUUUAUCCUGUUAUGGUGAUGGUGGUGAUGAUUAGGGGUUGCUUUUAAUGUUCUCAUAUAUAUUUUUAAUUAAGAGAGGGUACCAUAGUGGGGGUGGGGAGCACACUGAAUAAACCUCCAGCUCUCCGCACAAAAAGGAGAUUACAAGGAACACGUUGUGUGCCAUCUCAGAGAAAUGAAAUGAGUUAUCACAAGCAUAAGCAGGUGGCACGCAACCGUGGAGAAAAACAAUGGCAAGACACACAACCCAUCCGCCAAGGACGCUUGCCCAUCGUUUAUGGGAGGUGUGCGAAACUAACUCCCAUUGAUUCAUGCCCAUGAGCCGGGGCAGAAGGGGGAUCAAAUACCACCCGGCUUUCAGGAAGCGGACUGUUGCUUGGAUUAAUGAGAUCAAGAGAUUAUAACUCUAAUAAUAAUCAACAUCACUAAGUGGGGGUGGGGGGAAACAGCCUUGCAAAGCCUGACACUGACUGAAGCUAGAUAAGUAAUUAAAGCUUGGCUUGAGCAGAUUUAAGGAUAUUUGAAUCUGAUUUUUCCACGUCCUUAAGGACACGUCAGUGCUAGAGGACUGGUCCUUGUUUUCCGUAAUCCACACCUCCGCUGUCUGAUUUUCAAGAUCUUCAGAUUUCAAUUCAUCCUCACUCCGCAGGACUGAGAGGUCAAGCGGAAUGAGGGUACGUAUGAGUUACUUCUGAGCAAGAGACAGCAGAGUGCAUGAUCCAACCCAUUAUAACCAAUAGUCAAAAGGGGAAGCCUCAAUGAUAGGGGGUCUUGGCCUCACACAAGUUCUCCAUGGCCAGAACUAAAUAUCUCCCACUUUUAAAAGUGUUGCUGCAGAGAUUCUGUAGGACUGUAAAGGGAAAUUCCUUGUAAGUAAUUUUUUUUUUUUUAAAGCAGACUCUGUGUAAGAAAUCUUCCUUAGUAAGGUGGUAGGUAAAACAAACAACCACAUCCUGGGGUUUGGCAGAAUGCCGUAUGCUUGCUCAAAGUCACAUAGGAUGUUCCCCCAUUUGGGGAACAGCUUAGACCACCAAGCGAUCUCAUGUCCUGCCCCUCAAGAUCUCAUCACCUCGCUGCCCAGCAGUGUCUUUCCCUGAGCUGAAAGAGUUAGUUAUGGAAGUAGUGUUGAGGAUGCCCAGACUGCUGGUUCUGCGGGACUUCAUCAUGUUUUGUCUUCUUCUGGCAAUGUUAAAGAAUGUGGGUUGUAUUCAACUAAGUCUCACUCAGAGGCAGAUCCACUGUAUUGCCCAUAAACUUCAAUUGGCCUAUUCUGAAUAGGACUACCAUGUGUCACAAAGAAUAAAAAUGCAAUCCUUUUCCCCAAUACUGGAGUGCUGUACUCACAGAAACCCUCACCACCAGUCAUGCCGGUGAUUUUAACAAUAAAAUCCACAAAUAGAUUGUAUUGUAUGUAAGGGCUAAACCUGAUGAGAAGAGGAAGAAAGGAGCACAAAAUCAAAUUGUUGUUUUUUUUUUGGGGGGGGGUGUUUUGCCUACUGAAGCAAUUUUGUGCUGGUUCCCACAGCACUUUUUAUCAAUACAGUGGUACCUCGACUUUUGGAUGUAAUCCGUUCUGGAAGACUGUUUCGAGUUCCGAAAUGUUUGAAAACUGAAAACUCGAUACAGAAGGCUCAAUAUGGAAAACUCAGUAUAGAAGGUGUGUGGCAUGUUCAACUUCCAAGGCAUGUUCAAAAACUGAAGCAUUUACUUCCGGGUUUACGGCGUUCGAAAACCGAAAUGUUCGUCAACAUUUGAAAUGUUCAUUAACGUUUGAAAACCGAGGUACCACUGUAUAUGCAACUCAUUUUUACCCCCCACCCACCCAAGGCGCAUGGGAAGACUAUAUCUAUUUUGCUGCUCCCCAAAAAAUGAUUCUAAUACAGUGUAGUUUUGCUUUAGAUGGAACAUAACAUUAAUUGAUGCUCAUAAGUAUUCAGAUGUCUAUUAACUUAGCAGCAUAAACAGUUGCCUUUUAUUGAGUCUGUUCACUAGUCCAUCUAGUUUAGUAUUGUCUACACUGACUGGCAGCAGCUCUCCAGGGUUUCAGGCAAGGGUCUCUCCUGGCCUUAUUUGGAGAUACUACUGGGGAUUGAACCCGGGACCUUCUGCAUGCAAAGCAGGUGCUCUGCCACUGAGCUACACUCAUCCCCAGGAAGCCAUUCGUUCUGAGACCAAGACGACCAGAAAUUUCAAAAAAAUUGGAGUAAGUUUUGGAAAUAUAUUGGAACGGAUAUAUAGGAGGAACUGGCGGUAAUAGAAAAACUUUAUCAGCUAAUAACUAUAAACCUUAAUAAACUAAUUACGCAACCCGGGAUUUAUUUGAUACUUACCAAAAGGGUGAAGGGAAGUUAAAGGCUAAGGAGAGCCUAACGGUUAUAUUAUUAUUUUUUGUAUGAACGUAUGCUUUCUUUUUGUAUAGUAUGAAAAUAGGAUGAAUAAUUUAUGUUAAAAUGUUUAUUUUUGUAUUUGUUAGUUCUUUCUUCUUUUCUUUAUACAAAUUCUGAAUAAAAAUUUACUUGCAAAAAAAAAAGGAAGCCAUUCGUUCUUAGAUGAGGAGACCCCGCCAGGCUACUUUAAGCAGAAUCAUGUUUUACAGCAGGAGUUGGGGUGGGGGACCUUAAGGAAGGGGGCCAAAUGCAGCCCUCCAGGCCUCACUAAUCUAGUCAUCAAAGCUUGUCUUAAUCCUCACUGGCCCUGUGACGCAUUACAGGUGUCUUAUCGUUGCUGAAAUAUCACCUUGAACUUUUAUAAUGCCUCUUGUUUAUCCAGACAGAGGAAAGCCGAUAUGUGUGAGUGGGUGUAAAAACUAGACAGCUAAACCCAGGUAAAACCCACUGUUGCUUUCUGAUCUACCAGCAUGUGGCCCUCAGGAAGUCGCCCAGAAGUCCUUGAGCUGGAAGGGCUCUAAUCCCUGUUUUAGAGUUGCUCCCACACUCUGCAAGGUGUUCCCAUUGCCCAGCUGCUCUAUGGACAAGAUUGCUCUUCCCCUUGCUCCCUGGUGCUAGCUUCCAUCCUGAUAGCUGAUGGCAAAAAUCCACCUCUUAAAUGUAUAAGAAAUGUUUGGUGUGACUCCCCUCUUCCACCUUCUCCCUGUGUUUUUUUUUUGUUUUUUAACUUUUCUACUAAAUUGCAUAUUCUAUCUCCCCCCGCCCCUGAUUAUAUGUAACACUCAGGCCCAGAUGAGACAGUUUAUGUAUGAUUUUUCUUCUUCUUCUUCAGUGACAGUGUGAAUCACGAGAGCUAUAUACAGUGGGAGGGGUGUUUCUCUCUCUGAAACAUGAAGUACACUCUGCGAAUUUUCUAUUUUUUCAUGUUUGAUGCUGUUAAAUCGAAUAAGGGGGGGAAUGAAGGUUUUAUGGUCAUAUUUGAAGGGGGUUGGACUAGAUGACCUUUGGUAGUCCCUUCCAACUCUACAAUGCCAUGGCUUAUGGUUCUAUGAUAUUUUGGGGGAGAGGUAAGACUAGUGUUUAUUUUUCUGUAAGAGGCCUAGUUUGGUCAGAAUCAAGUAUAAACUUCCAGAGUUAAUGAAAAAUACAUUGUCUUUGUUAAAUGAGCCACCAUAGCCGCUAGAGGGCCAUGGAAAUUUGUGUCCCAGGCUUUUUAGACUUGUCUACCCAUGUACUAUCUGGAACCAAAGUGGCACAUUGGUUGCCAGAUGUGAAAUAUUUUGGCAUUAUUUUCAGCUCUCCCACUCCACCAAUUACCGUAUUUUUCGCCCUAUAAGACGCACUUUUCCCCCUCCAAAAAUGAAGGGGAAAUGCGUGUGCGUCCUAUGGGGCGAAUGCAGGCUUUCGCUGCAGCCUGGAGAGCAAGAGGGGUCGGUGUGCACCGACCCCUCUCGCUCUCCAGGCUUCAGGAAGCUAUCCGCAAGCCUGAAGCCCGAAACCUGGGGAGCGCAGCGGGGCGCACCCCGGGCUUCGGGCAGCUCUCUGCAAGCCUUCGGAGCACAGCACGACUUGCCGCCGGGCUCCCAAGGCUUGUGGACAGCAAGCUCCACAAGCUCUGGGAGCGAUGGCGAGGUUGCGCAACCUCGCCGUCGCUCCCGGACCCCCAGCCCCGAGGCUAAAAAGGAAGCCAGGACAGCGAGCGGGAUCCAUCCCGCUCGCUGUCAUGGCUUCUUUGCUCUUUGGGGCACUGGGGGGCGGGGAAAUAUAUAUUUUUUCUUUAUUCCCCCCCCCCAAAAAAUAAGUGCGCCCUAUGGGCCGGUGCGCCCUAUAGGGUGAAAAAUACGGUAGUUAGGAGGGCCCGUCACUUAGUUGUAGUUCUUGCAGCCCAGCUCAUUCUUUUGGGAUGCUGAUGAGGACAUUUGAGUGGCUAGUUAAGGUCACUGUCUUACAAAGAAACCUCCCUGUUUAGUUCAACAACCUCUUCUUUAUGAUUGUAACCCUCACUUGGGUACAGAACCCCAAGAAUUGGAAGGGACUCAUGGCAUCAUCCAGACUGACACCCCCCCCAAAAAAAUCCAGAAAAAUAUUUAAUUGAAAAUACAUGUGAUUGGGAUGUUUUCUUUCUUUUCUCAAGGGGUGGGGGAUGGUAGAGAAAUGCUGACUGCUCCAGCAUUACUUAGUUCCAAUGGCUGCUAAAUUUGACAGCCACUGCAGUUUGCAAAACACUUUCCUUAGUGGCAGCCCUCCAGGGCAAGGACACCCUCAACUUCCCCAUCUUGAGCAGCUGUGUUGCUAUCCUUGAAGAAAAGUCUGUGCGGGGUGGGUGGGUUGCAUUGCAUACGGAGAACAAGAUCUGAGAGUGACUCAGCUGUGCAAAAGCACAUGCAUCAUUUUUUCAUUAUAUCAGCAGCGCUGGCUCCAGAGCUCUGAUAGCCUUUGCGCAAAGCAUCGCCACUGCACGCUUUUAACCUGGAAAGUGUGUCUAUUUCAUGCCGACACCAUGCCUUGCAAAGUGAGAAGGGUAGUCCUGUGGUGUGGUGCCCAGUGAAAGACUUUCUUGGUCCUGGGUGCCUUGAAAACACCUGAAUCUGGCAUCUGUUAGAGCCAGCCUUGCUCCUCAGAUUGCGAUGACUUACAAUUAUAGAAUUGUAGAGUUUGAGGGGAUCCUGAGAGUCAUCUAGUCAGGAAUCUCAACUAAAGAAUGCAUGUCAGAUGGUCACUAAACCCUCUGCUUAAAAACUUCCAAUGAAGGAGUGUCCACCACCUUCUGAGGGUGUCUGUUCCACAGUCAAACAGCUCUCACGGUAAGAAAGUUCUUCUUGUUUAGUCAGAAUCUCCUUUCUUGUAACUUGAAUCUAUUGGUUUGUGUCCUACCCUCCAGAACAAGAAGAAACCUUCCUCCACCUUCCUUUUGACAGCUAUUUAGAUAUUUGAAGAUGGCUAUCAUAUCUUCUCUCAGUGUCUUCUUUUCCAGGCAAAACAUACCCAAUUCCCUCUACUGUUCCUCAUAAAGCUUCAUUUCCUUGAUUAUUGCAAUGUGGUCUCAUAUUUUGACUUGAGUUCUGCAUACACCCUUCAAUCCUUUUGGGUCUGUUUUCUGUUAAAGGAAUGAACAUUAAGCAGUAUGGACCAAAUAAAAAAAAGUCCAAAGUUGUGGUUUAAGAACAUCAGAAGAGCCUGGCUGCUGUAUGAGACCAAAUUGCAAUCUAGUUCAGUAUUAGGGUUGUCAAGCCAGCAGUAUCCUAGACCUGAGAUUUCAGGGCCAAAACCUGAGACCUAGGGACAGUCGCUGGUGGUGUCAUGGGGGAAGUCCCUGGAGACAGAUUAAUUGGGAGAGGAGAGCAGAGGGGGACUAGGCUGCAGCUUGUAAGUUGCAUACUGAGUCUUUAUUAUUAUUAUUAUUAUUAUUAUUAUUACUACACUGGAUGCUUGGGUUGUGAACGUGAUCUGUGCAGGAUGCAGGUUCGCACCCGCAGCGUUCGCAACCCGCGUCUGUGCACGCGUGGGUUGCGAUUUGGCGCUUCUGCGUAUGCGCAAAGCGCAAUUUAGCGCUUCUGUGCAUGUGCGACCGCCGAAACCUGGAAGUAACCCGUUCCGGUACUUCCGGGUUUCGGCGGUCCGUAACCCAAAAAAAUGCAACCUGAAGCGUCUGUAAACCAAGGUAUGACUGUAUUAUUAUUAUUAAAGGCAAUCUUGCACACCUGGGAAUCCAAGCCCUCCUCCUGGAGGGGACCAGGCAAACCUGGAGACUAAGUCAGCCAUGGAGGUCUGGCAACCCUAUAUAGUAUCCAGUUGUCACAGUAGCCAACCAGAAUAUCUAUGGCAUGAAUGGAGCAGCCCUUCUCUCACUUGUGACUUUUGCUUUGGGAACCUUGAUAGCCUGGAGAAGUUUAUCGUGCUGCAAAAGUUGCAGCUUUUCGUGCUGCAAAACCAAAAAGUCCCCCAAUUCUGAGUUCAAAGGACAGUGUGCAGAACUAGCGUAUUUUCUCACCCACCCACCCCCACAAGAAGCAGGAGGGUUAUUAAUCCAAGAUGGCACUAGGUUUGUCUCUAACAAUUCUAACCAUCUAGAUGCUUUCAGGCUGUGACCUUUGGUUGUUCUAUAAAUAUGACCCUGCAAGAAUGUAUAUAAUAACAAGAUGGAAACAGCUUCAAUUGUUGUUUUGAAAGAUUGUGCCAGCAAAAAACAUUUGCCAUAUCAUGUCCCUUUCAGGAGGUCAGCUGCCAGAUUGUUAUUGAGAACUGGCCUUGAUUUUUUAAAGUAAGGUUCCGGAUAAGCCUAGGAGGUUACAGGACAAUUACUCUGGUCCCCCCCCGUCCUGCCAACCCAAUAAUUGGCCAAGUCAGAUGCAUGAGUGAAAACUAGCUACAACUUUACUGACAGACAUACCCCCACCCGGCGGGGGCCUGGGGGCCUGGCAUAAUGUUGAAUUUGGUUCUGUUGACCAAAAGGAUUUCCAGCCCAAGUCUGACCAUCCCAAUUCCUCCACAAGAGGAAAGAAGUGGCUGGUCCUUUUAAAGGUUCUACCACCCUGCCCAUUUGCAAGCUGUGAAAGAUGCUUGGGCCCCAAGAUCUCAUGAGAAGUGUCUUCUUUUGCUGUGGCAUCUACCACACUGCCCAGCAAACCAAUCUGACAGCUUAGCUGGGCCAAGAGUUAAUGCAAGAACACAAGAGUCAGAGAGGAAGGUUGUAGUGAAGAAGCUACCAGGUUAAGACAGAAGCUUUCGAGCACAUAAGAACUGCAGAAGAGUCCUGCUGAAUCAGGCCAAUGGCCCAUCUAGUCCUAUGUCCUGUCUUCACAUUUGCCGAUCAGAUGCCCCUAUGGGAAACCCAAAAGCAGGACUUGAGCGUAAUUUAUGGAAACUGGCAUUCAGAAGCAUUGCUGCCCUCCUGCUGUGGAGGGCCGAGCAAAGCCAUCCUGGCUAGUAGCCACCCACAGCCCUCUCCUCCUCCAUGAAUUUGUCUAACCAACUUUGCCUUUCUGAGAGGGGAUGUGAACGGAUUGGUUAAUAUAAGCAUUUUAUAUGCAUUAAUAAUAAUAAUAAUAAUAAUAAUAAUAAUAAUAAUAAUAAAUUAUAUUUAUACCCCGCCCUCCCCAGCCAAAGCCGGGCUCAGGGUGGCUAACAACCAAUAAUAAAAACGACUUGAAUGAAUACAACUUAAAAACAAGAUUAAAAUACAACAUUAAAACAUUAAAACAAUUAAAAUACAGCCUCAUCACAGAAGGAGAAAGGAAAAAGAAAGGAGGGGGGAAUCAAAUUGACUCCAAGCCAAAGGCUGUCUUACAGGCCCCGCGGAAAGAAAUCAGAUCCUGCAGGGCCCUGGUCUCAUGAGGCAGAGUGUUCCACCAGGCCGGAGCCAGUGUUGAAAAGGCCCUGGCUCUGGUUGAGGCUAAUCUAACUUCCUUAGGGCCCGGGACCACUAGGGUGUUGCUAUUUAUGGACCUUGAGGCUCUCCGUGGGGCAUACUGGGAGAGGCGGUCUCGUAGGUACGAGGGUCCUAGGCCAUGAAGGGCUUUAAAGGUCAAAACCAGCACCUUAAAUCUGACCCUGUACUCCACCGGGAGCCAGUGCAGCUGGAAAAGCACUGGGUGAAUAUGCUCCCAGGACAGAGACCCCGUGAGGAGCCUCGCUGCAGCAUUCUGCACCCGCUGGAGUUUCUGGGACAGCUUCAAGGGCAGCCCUGAGUAGAGCAAAUUAUAGUAGUCAAGCCUGGAGGUGACUGCCACAUGGAUCACUGUGGCCAGGUCAGGGUGGGAAAGGUAAGGGACCAACUGCUUGAUGCGGCGAAGGUGGCAAAAUGUCGCCUUGGCUGUUGCUGUAACCUGUGCCUCCAUAGCAUUUCUGUCAGAGAAAGUAUAGGUCUAUUCUAUUUUAAGGGUUCCCAAAAUUAAGAAAGGCUCUCAGGUUGGAUGUGUUGAUAUACAAAGCCCUAAACAACCUUGGCCCAGUGUACCUUAAAGACCACCUGAGCCUUUAUAUCCCAGUUAGUCAGAGCUUAUCUGGAAGAGGACUGUUACUUGUCCCCACACCAGGGUUACUGUCCCCACACCAGAGAUUUGGAAGACAUCCUCAAUGUUGACUUUCAGGCAUCUCUUGGAUGCCUGACAACAGGACUUUGUAGCUGCUUAAUUUUUCGAUUUUUUAUUAGCCACUCACUUUGUUUUUAAUGGUGUUUUUUGCUUUAAUGCUGCACACUGUGCUGAUAUUUUCUGUUCACCCACUAUGAACAGAGUAUGGAAGGAUUCCCUGGGUGGCUGUUCACACCUCUGAAAUACUACAUAGGACAAAGGGUAGUACAUAAAUGUUUCUAAAUAACAAAGGCCACAUCUGCACCAGACAUUUAAAACACUUUAGACCAUUUUAACAGUAGUAUAAGAGAACAUGGCUUCCCAGAAAGCAUUCUGGGAGCUGUAGUUUGUUAAGGGUGCUGGGAGUUGUUAUGAAGCCCCUAUUUCCCUCCCAGAACUAUAGUUCCCAGAGUGCUUUAACAGCCAAUCCCUCUUCUCAGGGAGAUCUGGGAACUAUAGUUCUUGCAGGGGGAGUAGGAGUCUUCUCACAACUCUCAGCGCCCUGAGCAAACUACAGUUCCCAGGAUCAUUGGGAGGAAGCCAUGAGUGUUUAAAAGUGGUGUCAUAAAGCUUUAAAUGUGUGGGGCAGAUGUGGCCUCUGAAAGACAUCAGCUGAUCCAGGCUGCACCUAUAAAUACCCACCAUGAUUCUCGCCCGCCCCUUCAACUCCCUUUCUGAACCUGACACUCAACAGGCCUGCUCCAUUGUAUCAGCAGAAGGCCUCAGACCUGACAGUGGCACUAUGAUGCCCUCAGAGGUCACAGAACCAUUUCACAAAGCAGAAAACAUAGGCAGGCAGACAUAAAAAGGCAGGCAGACACAGCAUGUCCUCACACUCCCCAGCCCCUAGUCUGCAUCCUCUGUUUCUCUUCCCUGCUCCCCAACUACCUACCUACCGUAUUUUUCGCUCUAUAAGACGCACCCGACCAUAAGACGCACCUAGUUUUUAGAGGAGGAAAACAAGAAAAAAAAACUCUCCCUCUCUGCAGAGCGCGUCUUCAGCAAAGUGGGAGGAGAAAUGGAAGGGGCUCCGUUUCUCCUCCCGCUUCAUUGAAGGGGCGCUGCGCAGCUCUCCCUCUCUGCGCAGUGCCAUUUGCUCCAUAAGACGCACACACAUUUCCCCUUACUUUUUAGGAGGAAAAAAGUGUGUCUUAUGGAGCGAAAAAUAUGGUACUUUUCUUCAGUUGCAGGGGUCGACAAGGUUUACCUCACCUAAGCCGGUUCACUCCAAUGGAGAUCCCUCUGUGGGCCAGAUCGCGCACUCACGGCCGCGAUUUCCAGCAUCUGCGCAGACAUGAUUUCCAGUGUCUGCGUCUGCAUAGACGCAAUUUUCGGCAUCUGAGCAUGCGCAGACACGAUUUCUGGCACUACGGAAGUGAGUCCCCGCACCGUGCUGCGUCAGUUUAGCGCAACGCACAGGGACUCGCCGAACAGGAGGCUCGGUUUGGGGGUGGCUUGGGGGCCAGUUAAACGACUCCCGUGGGCCGCUUGUGGCCCAUGGGCCUUAGGUUGCCUACCCCUGAAUUAAGGCCACAUCCACCCUAUGUGUUUAAAACAUUAUAAUCCCACUAAAAUUAUCACUUAAAUGUUUGCUGCCUUGGGCUCCAUGGGGUGGAUAUAAAUCAUAACACUUAAAAAUAAAUCAAUUAAAUGUGUUCAGUUUCUAUGGAACUGACAAGGCUUUUUGUGCUUGAAUUUUUAGUUCUAAAUGUGCAGUUCAGGUGUCGAAGUCUCUCAGCCCAUUUAGGGUUACCCUGAAACUUGCAAACUUAGCAAAUAUACAUAAAAUGUGAGCAGAAGGAGAGGAUGCAAAAAAUGGAGAGGCGGGGGGGAGAAGUGUGUGUUGGAAAAAAACAUCUGAUUUUAAAACAAAGUUCUUUCUAAAGGUCAUGCAGAAAUCGAGACAUAACUAUUACAAGGUUCUUCCAAAUAAACCCUUGCGCCUGCAAACAAGUGCAUUUUUUUCUUCCAUUCAUUGCAAAGGUGAUGAUACUGCUUUCCCUUGUUUUUUAAUUAUAAUCAACCAGCUUACUCCAAUAAUGUCCUUGAUGUAUUCAGCCAAUUGGAAAAUGCCCCUCCUUUCUUUUCCUUUUUGAACAGAAAAGGGGGGACGAAGGUACCCUGGCAAUGGUAUAAAAAUCUGUGAUACACUGAUGCAGUUGUCCGGUUCGUAGGGAGCAGAGAGAGGGAAGUUUUGUUCACUGCACCCUUGAAAGAUUCAGUUCCUUACUAGUCAGCACAGAGUGAGGAGCAGUCAGAGUAAUCAGUCUCUGGCAAUCAUGGCCAAGGUAGCUUGGCUGUGGUUUCUGCUGCUUUCACCCACUAUCCAUGGAAAAGGUAAGUCCUUUCAGGAUGAAAUUUUAAUAUUGUUUAAAUGAGAUGUACAAUACUUCGUUCUUCAGAACUCAUAAGAGUAACAAUCAGGGCUGCAAUGUUUCAUUUUUUAGAUUGAAACUUUUAAAGGUUUUUAACUUUUUAUGCUUUUAAUGUAUAGUUUCAUGGCUUUAUUGCUGUAAGCUGCUUUGAUUUUUUUAUGAUGCAGAAAUAUACUCAGGCUUUUUAAAAUAUAAAUAAACCAAUAAGCUAAAUAAUGUGCCACACAAUUAACCAGUGGCAGACUUUUAAAAAAUAUUAUCUUUAAUACACAGAGAUGAGUGAAGCUGCCACUUUUGCAUUUCCAUGUCAAUUUGUAAUUCCCCCCCCCUUCAAAUCCACAUGAAAAUUAAUCAGCAUUUCAGUGAGAAUUUAUCCUAAUAUAUACAUGUUUGUGUGCAUUUAUAUACAUUUCUGUGCACAUCUUACCACAGCAUAUGCAGUUCUGUUUGCAUUACUUGGAUGGAGAACUGCAGGGUUCAGAGAAGUGUGGAUUUAAAAGGAUGGCUGUAUUUUGAUUAACAUAUUGUUUCAGAAAGUUAGGGAGGUUUGCCUUUAACUGAGGACUGAAUCCGAUCUCUCCGGCUUCACUAUUAAUGCAACAACUCAUUAUAAAAGCAGCCUUGAGACAUUUAUCCUUCCACUUUGGAAUGUUUCUUCUUAACUGAUGCCUCCCGCUACGGCAACCUGUGUCUCAUCUGUAAAGUUGUUGCUUGGAUUCAGAACUAGGCAUGGAUUGGAAGACAGUAAAGCCGUCUUCCGCAGAUUGUGUGUUGCAACUGAAAUGUGUGGUGUUGCUCUGUUGCAUUGUUGUGAGGAAGAGGCAGAAAAUUUCACUGUUUGCUUAAUCACUCCUGGCUAUAUAUUAUGGCUUUGAUUAAAUUACACAAAACAAGAAAACUUCCAAAGAAGUUGUAGAACAUUUUGUAUGCUUCUUUUCUGUAAAUCUGCCUAGGCACUUAAGUGACUGCAAUUGAUCUGAUGGUUUUAUGCCACUCUACAUUUGCUGUACCUUUAAAAUUUUGCAAGGCUUUUCAUCCUUUUAAUUCUGUCCUCUCAUUCACAUUUACUACAUAAGCCAAAUGUCAUUCUUUGAUAUGUUUAAGAAAGAAGUAUGAAGUGUUUAGCAUGUCAUGGGGGCUUGAACAGGUGGAUGGAACAGGUGUGGUUUUCAAAAUGUAGCAGAUGCCGUAAUCUUGCAUAAUCUUAGCUUCGUGCCAAAUUACUUAUGAUGUUGUUUUCUGGCAUUGUUUUUAUAGAAAUGUAUUUCUUAGUUGCUUUGAGCUCAACAUUUGUUGCCGGAAAAGCAGAGUUUAAAUAUUAAAUUAAUUACUCGGAAUCAGAGGCAGUAGUGCUGUUGCACCCCAGGUCCUUCUUGUGGGCUUCCCAUUGAGGCAUUUAGCUGGGCAUUAUGAUAAUGUGAUGCUGGACUAGAUGGGCCCAUGGCCUGAUCCAGCUCUUGUUGUGUACUUAUGGUAAAUAAGCCUUGUGCAAGACCUCUGUAUUUAUUUAAUUUUAAAAGGUAACUGAACCUCUCGUCUUGCGUCUUUGGUUUCAUAAGUGUUCUGGUUGUUAGUUGCCUAUUACCUUCUCCGGCAGGUGGCUUCAGAGGUCAGUUGGUGUCUCUUUAUGCAAGGAGGUGUCUGUUAUUAGCUCUUUAUGCCUGUCUACAAGCCACAAAUGGCUACGUGCUAACUUCAUUGUCAGAGGCAGGUUCUGCUUGUGGGCCUCCUGCUUGUGAGCCUUGUGUGCAAAAGAUGGCAGGUUCAGCCCUUAAUAGGGCUCGGAAAGGCACCUGUAUGAAAAACCCCCCAACCCCCAGUUUUCUUUCAAGAGAGAAGUGCUUGCAUGAGCUUUACAACCCAGGUUGGGGGGGGGUUACUGCUGUUUAUGGUAAGCACUGUUAAGAAAAUGCCUGGGAAGAGGGCACUUUGGCGCUAUUUUCUCUCUCUGACAGGGCCAGCAUGAGCAUAGCCAGGAUUUAUGUUGGGGGGGGGAGGCCUCAGUUAAGUAUUUUUAUUGAUUUACUUGAUUUGGGGGGCCAAGCUAUUUGCCCACGCUCAUGUGGGGGGGGGCGAGCCUCAGUUAAGCAUUUUUAUUGAUUUACUUGAUUUGGGGGGGCAGCCCACUUGGCUAUGCUCAUGUUGCGGGCGAGCCUCAGUUAAGCAUUUUUAUUGAUUUACUUGAUUUGGGGGCGCAAGCUCCUUGGCCACGCUCAUGUUGGGGGGGGAGCCUCAGUUAAGCAUUUUUAUUGAUUUACUUGAUUUGGGGGGGCAAGCUCCUUGGCCACGCUCAUGUUGGGGGGGGAGCCUCAGUUAAGUGUUUUUAUUGAUUUACUUGAUUUGGGGGGGCAGCCCCCUUGGCAACGCUCAUGUUGCGGGCGAGCCUCAGUUAAGUAUUUUUAUUGAUUUACUUGAUUUGGGGGGGGCAAGCUAUUUGCCCACGCUCAUGUUGGGGGGGGAGCCUCAGUUAAGUAUUUUUAUUGAUUUACUUGAUUUGGGGGGGCAAGCUCCUUGGCCACGCUCAUGUUGGGGGGGGAGCCUCAGUUAAGCAUUUUUAUUGAUUUACUUGAUUUGGGGGGGGCAAGCUAUUUGCCCACGCUCAUGUUGGGGGGGGAGCCUCAGUUAAGUAUUUUUAUUGAUUUACUUGAUUUGGGGGGGGCAAGCUAUUUGCCCACGCUCAUGUUGGGGGGGGAGCCUCAGUUAAGUAUUUUUAUUGAUUUACUUGAUUUGGGGGGGGCAAGCAAUUUGCCCACGCUCAUGUUGGGGGGGGAGCCUCAGUUAAGUAUUUUUAUUGAUUUACUUGAUUUGGGGGGGGCAAGCUAUUUGCCCACGCUCAUGUUGGGGGGGGAGCCUCAGUUAAGUAUUUUUAUUGAUUUACUUGAUUUGGGGGGGGCAAGCUAUUUGCCCACGCUCAUGUUGGGGGGGGGAGCCACAGUUAAGAAUUUUUAUUGAUUUAAUGGAUGUGGGGGCAAGCUAUUUGCCCACGCUCAUGUUGGGGGAGCCUCAGUUAAGUAUUUUUAUUGAUUUACUUGAUUUGGGCCUUGGCCACGCUCAUGUUGGGGGGGGGAGCCUCAGUUAAGCAUUUUUAUUGAUUUACUUGAUUUGGGGGGGGCAAGCUAUUUGCCCACGCUCAUGUUGGGGGGGGGGGAGCCUCAGUUAAGUGAUGUUAUUGAUUUACGUGAUUUGGGGGCAAGCUCCUUGGCCACGCUCAUGUUGGGGGAGCCUCAGUUAAGUGUUUUUAUUGAUUUACUUGAUUUGGGGGGGCAGCCCCCUUGGCCACGCUCAUGUUGGGGGGGGAGCCUCAGUUAAGUAUUUUUAUUGAUUUACUUGAUUUGGGGGGGCAAGCUCCUUGGCCACGCUCAUGUUGGGGGGGGGAGCCUCAGUUAAGUGUUUUUAUUGAUUUACUUGAUUUGGGGGGGCAGCCCCCUUGGCCACGCUCAUGUUGGGGGGGGAGCCUCAGUUAAGUAUUUUUAUUGAUUUACUUGAUUUGGGGGGGCAGCCCCCUUGGCCACGCCCAUGCGGGCUAAUGCUCUGAUCUGGUAGACAAUAUUGUUACUGGCCCCCCAUUCUCCGAGCAGCGAGAGCCUCCAGGGGUUCCUGUGCUUACCCAGGUUUAGUUUCCUUGGAAUGAAGGCCAGCGGAGACUGUGAUGUCUUUAGGAUAUAUAGGUUUAUUUACAUGUGUAUUACAGGUACAGCGUGAGCAAAAGAUGAAAGCACUUACCGCAUUAAUGCUGCAGCAGAUCUGGUAUUAGGUUUCCAAAGAAGCCUCAAGUCACAGUUUUGGAUCCAACACCGAACAACACAUGUCUCUAUGUCUGAGGCUUCCUAAAUCAACGACGGCUCACACACAGCCCCACAAUAGGAUGUUGUUCUUCAUCCUAGGAUGACAGUGGUAUCCAGCAGAGGAAAAGGCCCACUCAUUUGUCUGUGUGUGUUUAAAUAAAUAAACAAACAAAUAAAUAAAAUUGAUUUGCUGGACCAGAUUCUUCAAUUCACUUUAAUUGCACUGGCCUAAAUUUCUGGCAGGACACAGGUGGCGCUAUGGGUUAAACCACAGAGCCUAGGACUUGCUGAUCAGAAGGUCGGCGGUUCGAAUCCCCGCGACGGGGUGAGCUCCCAUUGCUCGGUCCCUGCUCCUGCCAACCUAGCAGUUCAAAAGCACGUACCGCUCUGGCGGGAAGGUAAACGGCAUUUCCGUGUGCUGUUCUGGUUCUCCAGAAGCAACUUAGUCAUGCUGGCUACAUGACCCAGAAGCUGUACGCUGGCUCCUCGGCCAAUAAAGCGAGAUGAGUGCCGCAACCCCAGAGUCAGCCACGACUGGACCUAAUGGUCAGGGGUCCCUUUACUUUUACAAAUUUCUGGCAUAUCAAUCAAUCGGUCCUGUGAAAUAAUAUAAUAACCUUCUGUUUAUCUUGCUGCUCCCCUAGUUGUUCUGGAUUUGACUGGCCCACAUGAGACCCAUGGCACUUGGAGGGCUUCGGUCACUUUGCCAUGUUUGUAUGACCCAUCUCCUGACUUCCUGGAACAAAGUGUUGUUUGGAGGCAGCGGGAUCAUCACAAUAGAGCCAUCUUUCACCGGGAUAAUGACUCAGGGGACCAAACACCUGUGGCACAUUUCAGAGACCGACUCACCGUUCCUAAGCAACCCCUGGGAGAUGUCUCCCUCCUGAUCCACGAUCUUGACAUGGCAGAUAGAGGGCGAUAUGGCUGUGAAGUUACCUUCCUGACCAAAAACAAUACCAGGGUAACAAUAUCAAGGAUCAUCAUACUGAAGGUUAAAAAAGGUAACCUGCAUUAAUAUGCUGAGAAGGCUGCAUGGUUAAAAAUGCAAUAUAUAUGUGUAUAUAUAUAUAUUUAAGUUGCAUAGUAUCAUUUUCUAUUUUGUUUAUUCAGAGAAUGUAUGGUUUGCUUUUUAUUAAAGAUUCUCAAGCAGGAUUUUAAAAAUGUGAAGAAAGAAGAAAAUAUAGCUUUGCUUUCACCAUUCAGGUGCUCAGCUGCUUCUUUGCAAGGUGCCUUGGUGACAGAUGGGACUGGCUUUAAAAGAGGAUUAGGCAAAUUCAGGGGGGAGAGGGCUAUCAGUGGCUACUAGCUACAAUGCUCAGCUCUGCCUUCUCAGUUGGAGGCAGCAGUGCUUCUUUCUGAUAACCAGUUGCUGGGAACCACAGGAGGGGUGAGUACUGUUGUGCUUGGACCCUACUUGCAGGUUUCUCAGAAGAGGCAUCUGUUUGGCCACUGUGAGAACAGGAUGCUGGACUAGAUGGGCCUAAUCCAGAAGGGUUCUUCUUAUGUUCUAAAUGGAGGGAGGGGACAGGUCCCCAAGCUUUUUAUCAAUUGUGAAAAGAGGUAGAACCUUGAGGAUCACAUUCUCCUUGAACCUUACAAUUCCAAAGUAUCUUCAGUCAUCUUCCUUUACUUUCCUCGCAUUCUGUGUCUGCUUAGAGCUGUGCAAGCACCAAAUUUGCUGCAGGUGUUUGAUAAGUAUGUUUUGCUUCCCAGUUCCAGUGGCCAAGCCUGUCAUUAAGGCCACCAACAAUGAUGAGACAAGCUUGCCUGGUGUGAUGAGGUUCAACCUGUCGUGCUUGACCAGCGGCUCUCCGCCCAUCACUUACCGCUGGUUCAAACAAGUGGAAGGAAGCAAUGCAACCCUUGUGGGCAAGGAAGCCGUACUUGCCUUUGACCGGCUGGAGGCAUCAGAUGCUGGCAGAUACUACUGUGAAGUUGAAAACAGGGUCAACAAGCAGAUCCAGCAGAGUAGAGCUAUUCGGAUAAACGUGCAAAGUAAGAGCAUCCAACAACCUCUGCUAUGCAAAGAUCCACAAUGUAGCUCCAGAGUGAUUUAGUUUUAGGAAACCCAGUUCAUUCAUUUAUUCAAAUAAUAAUAAUAUUUAAUUAAAAAUGCAGUAAAAUGGCUACAUACAAAUUCAAGAAAACCCGAAUACAGCACAAAGCAAUACAUAGUGUAACAAUAGCCUCUCCAAAGCAGCUAACCCGCCCCCCCCCCCCCAAUUUAUAACAAUCAGUUUUGUCCAGGCUUGGCCUCUGUGUUAAGAGCUCCAGUAUCUGAAAUUCUUUGCAUGAAAUAGAUAGAUUUUAUUCUAUUUUAUUUGACAAAUUUAUAAACUACAUUUUAAAAACAUACCAGAGCAGUGUACAAUAAUCAAAACCACAGUACACAAUAAAACAAUGUGUUCUGCUCCUUAGUUUCCCUUAGGCAUUUGGCUGGCCACUGUGAAAACAGGGUGCUGAACUAGAUGGGCCAUUGGCCUGAUUCAGCAGACUCUUCUUACGUUCUUACUUUCUUAACAUAAAAUUCAGUUCAGAAAGAUCAAUAAGGCAGAAGGCUACAAUCCUGUAUCUAAAAAACAAAGGACAAGUGUGAAUUGGGAGCCCACAGCAUUUUAACUCUUACCUGCCCAUUAAGUUCCUAGGGAAGCCCCAAGUCACAGCUUUGGGUCUUGCGUACAGCAGACACAUCCCUGCUUCUGCAGCUUCCAAGAUCAGCCAAAACUCUCUCUCACACAGAGUUCCCCAUCUUUGAUUGAUAUGGCAUCCCACCAGGUGAUGUGGAAAAAAGCCUACCCACUUGUCUCUAUGGCAGCCUCCUACAACAUGUAAAUGGCAGUACUUAACUGACCAGCCAAGGCCAUUACCUUAACAGAAAGACUAGUUUGAUGGGUUCAGCAGGUUUCCUGUCCUAGAUUUGCACUCUACACAUACACAGGAUUGCAGGUUUGGAAGGGACCCACAGGUAUCAUCCGGACUGACCCCACCCCACCCCCCAAAAAACAACCCUUUGCAGUAUGUUAGCUGCCCUGUAAAACACCAGUUACAUUGAUGGUGCAAGAUACAUAUUAGAAGGAAUAAAAGCUGUGGAAUACCAACAGUUAUUAAGCACUAUCAGUGCAUCUAGUGAUUAUCAGAAUCUUACAUGCAAAAAAGAACUGAUCUGUUCUUCAGAAAAGGAGAGGGAUGGAGAGAGAAAAAUGCAUUCUUGCUUUUGCUUGCAGGUUCUGCAGUGCCAUCUACUUUGGGGCCUAGCACUGAGUUCGCAAUGAGCACCACAGCUGUGGCAGGUAAGCUGUCGCCAAAUGAUAGGCUGUUCAGUUUUGAGUUGUGGGUGGGAAAUGCAUGGGUGAUUGAGGUGGGGUCGCCUGCUCCUCUGCCUGGCCUUCAACUGCUACAGCAGGCAGCAUUUGCGGAAUGCCCCCAGUUGUCCUUCUCCUGCUUUUGUCCGCUGUCCCCCCCCCCCCUUGUUGAAGGCAUCCUCUAGUUGUCCACGUGGUCGUGGAUGGAGGGGAAAUAGAAAUAGAAGGACUCCUUCACCCUGCAGCCUCAAAAAGUGACCCUGUAAACUCAACUCGUCUCUAGUUGUGUAUCAAGUGUGAGGAGGCGGAAGCCCAAUCUAGACAGCAAAGGGGUGUAGGGAUGAGGGAUGCCAAAACCUUCCCAGUGCCUUGCAAUGCCACACCACAGCACUUCCCAGGGCAUGGUUUUCUCCCAGCUGAGUCCUGCCGAGAGAACAGUGGCCCUGGGGGACAAGAGUGCAUGUGGGGAAGGCACAGUAUGGGGACGUAUCUCUAAUAUUCUCACAGAUGCCACCAGCACGGCUUGGAUGGUGUUCGGAGGAAGAACUACAUCUGGCAGCUUCAACUCAAGAGAGCUCACCGUGGCAAAACGUGAGGAACAUUAGUGUGGCCUUCCUGUUAUUUUAGACUGCUGGAGGAGGACAACCUGAAUUCCCGGGGAGGGGAAUGUGCAAUGCGGCAACUCUUUAGGUUUACUGGGAAAGCUCUGGGGUUCACUGCAAAAAAUUCUCUGCUCAGGGGCCUUUCCAGGCAAUGUCAGAAUCCUUCUCAAUGGCUCUAGUCAUCCUUUCCUUCUCUCUGAGUGCCAAGCACCCAGAAGUCUGCUUCUGUCCCUAAGGCUCGUUCGCAAACUAGGAGACUGUGUUGGCAGUGGGGCCUUGGCUCCUCCCCCUGGGUUGGCCCUUGAGCAUAGAUGUACUGAUAAAGUAGCAAGUGACAGGUAAAGUUUACCUCAUUACAGGGGCUAGCAUUUUCAGCUCCAAAAACUAGCCAAGCUGUACAGUACUGUGGGGCUUUCAUUGCCUCUUUAGGACUCAACUUGAGGAAGAGGAUACUCUCACUAGCAGCCAGGAAUGUUUUUCUGCACCCACAGAAGCACAAGCGUCAUUUCCUCCAGAGCAGACACACUGACAUGGGUCGACCUGAAUUAGUCCUGUUCAUACCUUUCAGUGGGUCGUCUCUGAAUAGGGCUAACAUGGAAUACAAAUGUACUAGUAACUGAUGUAUCCCGGCUCAAAGAUGUGUUCCAAAAAAGAUCAGCUUCCUAAGUGGCCUACAUAUACCUUGACUGCUGGUGGGAGUUCCCAGUUUUGAGGAACAUUUGUGCACUGUCAUUUCCAGAGGGAGAGGGAGAAUUUACAUUUUUAUUUCAUUUAGGGCUCAUCCAGACUUAACUUUCAUCCUGCACUUUCUAGGCACAGGUCCAUGGUUUCCUGGUUUGUGUUUGAACAUGUGGGGGGGGUGUUUUUGGUGCCCCACCGCUUUCCACAGGAAAACCCGAUAUUUACUGCUGAAUUGGAGCAAGCAGCUAUUCAGAUUUCCUGCUCCAAUUCGGUGGUAAAGAGCUGAUUUUCAUGGAGAAAGUGCUGGGGCAAAAAGAAGAAGACCCUGUCCGACAUGAGCCUGUUUCUAAAGGUCACCCCAGUUGACACGCCAGCAGAAGUACCCAACAUCUCAACCCUUAAGUCUUUUGUGUAGCUCCAGAGAUGAAAUUCACCCUGUGAAUACACUGGGGUGGGCUGGGAAGUUCUAACAGCUGCUGCAUAGAUUCUCCUCCAGCCUUGCUUCAGUUGCUCUUUGGGUGAAAGCCGGUCACCUUUCUGCUGACGCAGCAUCUUUGCCUUGAUUUGCAGGUCCAGCUACAACUUCAACACCAGCAGCUAUGACAGCGUCUACUACAGGGAAGCCUUUACCAGCGCCAACUGGUAAAGACCGCACUUGAUAGCAAAGUGAGGGAAAAGGAGGAAGUGAAGUUGCCUGUGUGGCAGGCUUGAAGGUGGCAGAAUUCAGGCUGCAAGUUGGAAGUGCCAUUUUUGAAUGCAUCCCCCAUUAGUGGGGGGACAGACUCGCUAAAAGUAUUUUGGUUUUUUUAACCAAACCCCUUACAUACUAGGGAGUACAGGAAAGUUAGGCUCCAACCCUUUGCCUGCCACUUUUCAUGAUACUUUUAACAUGGGAAAGGAUUUAAAAUGUUUUGAUUCCCCUUCAAGGUGAAGUCCUGUGACCUAUUCUCAGAACUAGGGAUUGGGAAGAAUUUAAAUUUAGUUCACAUUUAAAGGAAGUUGUAUCAAAUCCACACUUUUCAAAACAGUGUGAGAACCUAAACAGUGUCACCCUACAAAAUUCACCCUUUUCUGAAUUUUGCGGUGUAGUUUUCCAAGCAGUGUUUACAAAAAUGUAUAUAUUUGGGGAACAUGUGCAUUAAAAUGAACGUAUCAGUAUGAAUAGACAUACAAAUAUGUAAAUCUCAUCCUUUGCUGUGUUGUCCUAGGGUCCAAGAUGUCAACUUUCGCCAUCAUCAUGCUUGUUCUGCUCACCUUUGUUCUCACUGGUAUUCUUACGUGUAUUGUCUGCUACAGAAUACAUGGAACUGGUGAGUGAGUUAGAUUUCACUCAGAAAACAAUGGCUUCUCUGAUUCGACAGAGUGAAAUGAUAUAUGAAGAACUGAAGGGAGGGACUCUGCUGCAUUAGUCCUCAGGACCAGGGUGGGUGAACCAGGGUGAAGGUUUUAGGAACCCUAUCUAUGGGACUAGUGAACUGCAGGUAGUUCUGAGCAUAACUUUGUACAUCCCUCCCGAAGCUACGUGCUUGGUGGAAAAGGACGACCAUGCCAGACAGAAAGAGUGUUUAUAGGCCAUUUUGCCUAAGAGCUGCACCAGUGCCCCCCUGCCACAUACAGAACAACACAGCAGCUGUAUGUGUUUUCCCCUUGUUGGGAUUAGGGUAUAAGCUGCACUUCUGUUGUUCAUCUGAUAUUACUUGUUACAUUUUUAACAAAAGCUGUUUGCAGUUUUGAAAUGAUUGUACUUUUCUGGAGGGACAUUUGCUCAUAAAGUUCUGCUGUUUGUUUUUUGUAUUUCAGGUGACGGCUUUCCAAUUUCAUAGUAAGUGAUUAUCUGAUUAUUUAGGGGUUGUAGAACUGACAUGGCAGCAUAUUGGAAAGAUGAAUAUGAAUAAGUGAAAAGGACCUGAAAUAUAAAUGCUACACUGCAUAUGUGUUGUGGUAGGAGGAGGGUGAAUGAGAAGUAGGUCUCAUCCAGAAUGGCCAGAUUCAGGGCUGAUUAUCCAAAAAGAUGUGGUUAGGGCACUAGCAAAGCAGGGGUACCCAAAAAGUGACCAUUUUGUUUGUGUGUGUGUUUUUGGGAGGGGAAUGACCUUUGAUGUUUUAAAGAAAAAAUAUUGAGGUGGUCAUGGGAAAAAUCAGAACUUUGCUAGUCUUCCUUACACUCUACUCGUACUCUUCUUGAUUUUUCUUUUCUCUUUUUUAUUUUGAACUUAUUUUGAACUACAUAUUGGGGAGAGCACCAUAAUCUUUUCAGUGCUCAGGGCCUCUGGCAGUCCUAAUCCAGCCUCAGCCAGAUGUCACCAGUGGGCUCAGCAGAUCCCCUGCUUUUGCAAAGGACAUAAACUAUUGGAUCAGAUAUUUGGGCUAAAAUCUAGGAACUCUUUAAAACAAGAGUAGACACUUCCAGCAAAUCAGGUCUUGCUCAGUGGCUUGACAAGCUCCCUGAUUCGUGUUUUUUUUUGGCAGUGGCAUAAGUUCCGCUACCACUAGAAAAAUAAAAGUGUGCAAAAUGACAGCAAGAACCACACAACUCCAUACAGCAAGUGAGCCUCCUAUCUCCUUAGAAAACAUGGAUAGAAUAGUGGUAUGUUGUGAGUGGAAAGUGGCCAAAUGUUAAUCUUUGCACUUGUUUAAAAGUUGAAGCAUGGAUUUCAGAAGCAGACUGUGCACAUUGGAAAGGCUGAAACAGGACAUAGGAAGCUGUGCAAAGAGACCAUCUAACUGCAGAAAUGCCAAUCUGUCUUUGAAGUUCCAGCCCUCCAAAGUACUUCGUUUUCUUUCCUUAUGCCUAUUGCAAGCCCUUGGUCUAUUGACCUGAUUCUCACCUUUUCCUUUCUGUUUCAGCUUCUGUAUUACCAGAGGCACAGAUGAAGACAGCGGUGAUGACAACACAGGUGGAAGUGAUGGGGACAACCCACAUGACCUAGGAAGAAACAACAGGUGUGCAUGUUCGUAUGAGUACGAGUUACUGAACGGCAGUGCUGACAACAGCCGCAUCCUGGCACCUAUACUAGGCCUUGAGGAAGAGGCGAUAGAACUCAAGACAGUCAAUAUGUAUGAGGCCCUGGUCAAUGAGUCAGAUUCUGACAUUGAAGUGCUAGAUGCCCGCCUGUGAGGCGCCUUCCUUUUUCUUUUUUGCAUUGAUGAGAGCCAGAGUGGUGUAUUGGUUAAGAGUGGUAGACUUGUAAUCUGGUGAACCGGAUUCAUGUCUCCUCUCCUCCACAUGCAGCUGCUGGGUAACCUUAGGCUAGUCACACUUCUUUGAAGUCUCUCAGCCCCACUUACCUCACAGAGUAUUUGUUGUGAGGGAGGAAGGGAAAGGAGAAUGUUAGCCGCUUUGAGACUCCUUCGGGUAGUGAGAAAGCGGGAUAUCAAAUCCAAACUCUUCUUCUUCUCCUCAACCCAGCCAUCAUCAGGCUAUUUUCCAUAUUGUUUCCAGAGGUAAAAUUGUGCCACCAUUUGGGCAAAGAGGCCAUACAUCUUGACUUUUGCUGACACACCCGGGAUGCAAUAAGAAAACGGACGCGAAUUGAGAAUUAGCAAUUAAAAAAAGCUCAACAACAUUGCACAAAAAUUGGCCAAAGCUCAAAAUUGAUUCAAUUUUUGAAAGAUGGCAACCCUAGUUAAGUAGGGUGGAGUGUGGAUCACAAAAGCAAUGGCUUAUGUUCAAGUGUGCUUCAGGAAUGCAUUGUCAGUUCUCUGCCUCAGAACUGCCCUGUAUAAGGUGGAGGAUAAUCAGAUUUUUUAUAUGCUAGUGGUGGUGGCAGCAGUGGUGGUGGUGGUAGUGGGUGUUGUGUUGUUCUUGUUGUUGUUCUUGUUGUUGUUCUUGUUGUGGUUGUGCUUGUGGUUGUUGUUGUUAUUAUUAAUUUUAUUAGUGAUAUUUUCUUUGCCAAAGCAGCUCAUGUUCAUUUCAUUCAGUAUCGCUGGUCUGGAAGACAAUCAGACUGGUGCCUGUGUUGCUUUUUUAAAGGUUUGUGUCAUUUACAUCAAUGGUCCUCAACCUUGACUCCCUUGACCAACUACAUUCUUUCUGCGGCACCCCUGUGGGGCUCAGGAGCCCACUUAUUUCACCCCUUGCCUGCAGAGCCAGCAGCCUCUCACCCCUCCCUUGUGGAGGGGUCCCUCAACAUCCUCUCCUUUCCCCUCUCCUUGGGAGUCCUCCAGGCAGCCGCUCCUACUGCCUCUAGUCUCUGAGCUGCCCCCGCCCCAAAGAGAGGUGCCACCUCACACUGCCCCACAAGGGCCUGAGAAGAGGAUGCCCCCGGCUUUAGUGGUCCAAUGGAGAUGAACAUGAGACCAGCACCGUACUCACCUUGGGAGGCAGCAAUGGGCGCUGCUUGCCCUCCAUGGCAGAAAGGGCUUCCCUUCAGCCCUGGGCACUCAGCUUCCAGGCAGGCUUCGCACACAGCAAGUACAAGAAAAUCCAGUGCAGCACCUGCCUGAACUGGCUGGCUGGGCUCCCUCGCACACUUGCUUGCUUAUUCAGCUCCUGGCAGCCAGCAUCCCCUGGCCAGCCCCAGAGGCACCAUUCAUCUGGGGAGCUUGUAGCCAGGGCUGCUGCAACAAACAGCUGCACAAGGCUUUGGGAGUCAGAGAUGCGAGAGGGCAUCAGAGGAGGGAGGGAAGGAAAGAGGGACAGAGGCCAGGGUUGCCCGCAGCACCCCUGACCAUCAUUCAAAGCACCCCAGGGUACCACGGCACACUCAUUGAAAAUCAUUGAUCCAAGCUAUUUCAUAAUUCCCCCUUUGCUACACUUGGUGGGUGGGCUGUUCUUCUCUUGCAUUGCCGUCACUUAUAGAUCUUAUAUUGUAAAGAGGCAAUGCAUGAGUUCCACUUGGAGGAGGGAGGAUUACAAUUUUUCUAUCUAUCUAUUUGUGUGACAGAAUGUUGGACUAGGACACUGGAGAGGCCACGGUUAAAAUCCCUACCGGGCCUUGAAGCUCAAAUGGGUGCCACAGGCCAGUCAAAGACCCUCAGCCAAACCUACUUCACAGUACUGUGAGGAUGAAACGGCAUGAGGGUGAAGUGUGUACGUCGUCUUGAGCUCCUCGGAGAAAAUAUAUGUAACAUGAAUGCAGAAAAAAACCCAAAAAAAUAAAUAAAAUUUGUUAAAUUCA